AUUCAAAUUUAGUUCAAUUAAAGACAGGGAUCGGCACCGAAAAUACUCGAAGGCAAUUGAAAUAAUAAAAUAAAAUAGAUAUAUAUAUUAUUAAAUAUAUGAGAAAUCAUAUGAUUUUGUUGACGGUUUACUUGAAUGAACUUUACCGUCAACUUAAAACAUGGCGUCAGUGAUAAAAGACAUUGGUGAAAUUUGGAGCAGACUAUUUGAUCAUCGUCCGUUUAUACAAGGUGAAUUAUCAUAUUUUGUACGUGAAUUUGAGGAAAGGCGGGGUGACAGAGAAGUAGAGAGAUUAUUUAAAAUAUUAGAAUACUCUACCGAACUUGAGCAAAAUCAAAUUGAUAGAGCUGAACAACUUGGGGAUUGUCAUUUACCAAGUUUAAAAGCUAAUACUGAUGUGGCACUGACUAUGUGCGAGAGGAUAAUUCAAAGAGAAAAUAAAUUUAAUAGUGAUAAUAAGUUGGCUGAAAACAGAGAACUACGUAAAGAAGAAUGGAAAAAGUUUAUCAAUGAUAUGAGUGAUAAGUGUCGUAAAGUUGAUGCAACAUUUAACGAAAAAGAAGAAGAAUUAAAAAAUUUUUACGCUGACCUAGAAAAAAAACUUCAUAUAAAUCCAUAAACAUUUUUCUAACUUA